CGGCGGUGACAACAGUGGGCGGCCAGCGCUCGGCGGAGACGGUAGUCUGUGCUAAGACGGACCGUGUGUCGGAAAAGACGUGCUUCGCCUUCUGUGUAACCAUACCACGGUGUGUCAGCCAUGUUGUCGGCGUGUCUCGGCUGGCUCGGCUGGCUGGCAUCCCUGGUGUUCAGCCCGGUGACCAUCGGUCUCGUGGUGCUGCUCCUGACGCUGACAUACCGCUAUCUGACGCGCCACAAGAACUUCUGGAAGGGGAAGGGUAUCGCCAAUCUGCCGUAUCGAUUCCCCAUGGGAAACGCCGGAUUCGAGUUCUUCAAAACGUCGUUCGAUGAAAGCUCGGCUGAAUUGUACAGAGAGACCAAGAAGGCUGGAGGAUGUAUGGGCAUGAUUGACUGGAUGGGCCCUGCACUAGCAAUCAGUGACAAAGACAUGAUCAAGAAUGUUCUGGUCAAGGACUUUGAAUCAUUUUCCUUGAGACAGCCGGAAUCAUUCAACGCAGUCCAAGGGAACGUUAUGUCGAAGAUGCUGUCAAAUCUGACGGGGCAAGAGUGGAAAGAUGUCAGGAAUAUAUCCACUCCUACCUUCUCGACAGGUAAAAUCCGCGGCAUGACAACCAUUCUGGAAGACCUUUCUAACACCCUCGCAGACCAGAUGUUCAAGGAGUCCCAGAAAGAUGGAGAGAUCAAUGUCAAGGACGUGUUUUCUAGAUUCACCAUGGACACAAUAGCGUCGGUAGCAUUCGGUUUGGAAGCCGACUCCAUCCGCAAUCCGGAGUCAGCGAUCGCCAAGAAGGCAGAAAUGUUGAGAAAACCACCGUCAGCCUUCAAUCUGUUUGUCUUCCUGGCUCUCUCCUCAAUGCCGGAGUUCGUCAAAGAGCAUUUCGACAUGACCUCGUAUGUCAUCGACAAAGAGAGCCACGACUUUUUCGUCAACAUCUCGAGACGUUCUAUCAAGGAACGAGAGGAGCACCCCGAACGGCGCCGCAACGACUACCUUCAGCUGCUCAUCGACUCACGUCGGGACGACAGUCAGGCGCGCAAGCUCACCGACGACGAAAUCACGGCUCAGUGUCUUCUGUUCUUCUUCGCCGGGAACGAUACCACUUCAAACACUCUGGCGUGGGCUGUGCGUCAGCUUGCAUUCCAUCCUGAAAUGCAAGAACGAGUCCAAGCCGAGAUCGACGAAGCACUGCCAUCUAGUGACGACUCCAUCACCUUCGACAAAGUCAACAGCGGCAUGCCGUACCUUGAGAGCGUCCUGACGGAGACCCUGAGGAUGUACCCCCUGGCGCAGCUGACGCGCUGCUCGACUCGCGACUACCCCAUUCCUGGCACGGACGCAGUUCUGCCAGCCAACAGUAUGGUGUACAUGUUUCCUCUAGCCAUGCAGUACGACGAAGAUCUCUACCCGAACCCGGAGUCCUUCGAUCCGGAGAGGUACUUGCCCAACAGCAAGGAGGCCCGCAACUCGUACACCUACCUGCCGUUCGGUCAGGGACCGCGCAACUGCAUCGGCAUGCGGUUCGCGCUGCUGCAGGCGAAGGUGGCACUGGUGGCGCUGCUGAGGAAGUACUCGCUGGUGACGGGUCCAAAGUCCGGGAAGAUGGAGCCGGUGCUGGAUCCCGGGUUCUCGCUGACCCAGGAGAAGGGCGGAACCUGGCUUAAGGUGGUGCGACGCUAAAACGGAGCUGCGCCGAAAAUGUUUCGCCUGCAGCUAGACAAAGUUAGGCGGUCUGGCUGUUUGUGCUGUUACUGGACUGAAUAGUAACGCUCAUAUCUAUCUUUAUCGUAUGGGUAAUUAUUCAGAGACAUCAAAUGGACUCUGCGACGAACUUUUGAUUGCCAUUUGUCAGUGCUUCUUUCAAAGCGAUUGGUCUAACUGGUUGUGCAGUGUGCAAAUAAGUUGUGAGCUUAAGCACUGAUCUUUCUUGUCGGUGUUGUUUCGUUGCUUACGUUGUGUUUUUGUGUGUUGUGUUUUGUGUUUGUGGUUGCGUUGGUUGUGUUUGUGUUUUGCGUUGCAGGCAAAGACAUUGUUUAACUGUCUUGGCUGAAUCAAUAAAAUCAUUUGUUGAGCUUA